CCAGAGAGUUUUAUUUUUUGGGGGGAGGGGGAGAGAGAGAAAUUGAAAGGGACAUAGAAUUUUCCAACUAUGGGGCCAAAUGCAGGUUCUUUGUCGGCGGUGGCGAAACAGGCGGAGCAACUUCGAAUAAACGGCAAUAAUUAUUUCAAGAAAGAUCGGUUCGGAGCUGCCAUCGAUGCUUAUACGGAGGCAAUUACUCUAAUGCCCAACAAUCCGGUUUAUUUCACGAAUCGUGCUCUAUGCCAUCGCAAGCGGAAUGACUGGGCAAGAGUGGAGGAAGAUUGUCGGAAAGCUAUUCAACUAAAUCACAAUUCAGUCAAGGCCCACUAUAUGUUGGGACUUGCUUUGCUGCAGAGACAAGAAUAUGCAAAGGGAAUAGCAGAAUUAGAGAAGGCUUUAGAUCUUGGGAGGGGAGCCAAUCCUAAGGGCUAUAUGGUAGAAGAGAUCUGGCAGGAGCUAUCGAAAGCAAAAUACCUAGAAUGGGAACGUUCAUCUACCGAGCGAUCGUGGGAAUUGCAGAGCUUGAAAGAAGCUUGCGAGUCUGCUUUAAAGGAAAAGAGUCUACAUGGCAUCUCCCAAGAGGAAGGCUUGAUAGAUGAAGAUCCAACCACCCUUUCAGAACAGCUCGAGGCUUUAGGAAGAGUGUUUGGUAAAGCUGCAGAGGACGAUACACCCACUGAGGUGCCAGAUCACCUUUGCUGUAGAAUUACGCUUGAACUUUUCCGGGAUCCUGUCAUCACUCCUAGUGGUCUUACGUAUGAGAGGGCGGUGAUUCUUGACCAUCUUGAAAAGGUGGGUAGGUUUGAUCCAGUCACCCGAGAACCGCUUAAUCCAUCCCAGUUAGUACCAAACUUGGCCAUAAAGGAAGCAGUCCGGGCAUUCUUGGAUAAACAUGGAUGGGCCUACAAGAUAGACUAACCUAUGAUUUAUGUUACCAACUGAGAGGUGUUGGUAGUUCCUCGUGUGCUUGAUGUUUGGUAAUCAUUGUUUGUAGUUCCAUGCGGUGCCUGUUGUGAACAGAAGGGUUAAAUGUUGUCUAAAAGUGUACAUAUAACUAUAAUUGACUGUUUGUUUUGCAAUAUGUACAUAGUAGUCUGCUUGAUCAUAUUAAAUGCUCACAGAACAGUUGCUUUUUUAUUUGUGUACUUAGGAAAAAAAAGACUUUUCAGACUAUUUGAGUCCAUUUUGCUGGUUGGCUCUGUGGGCUUAUUCAAUUUCUCAUAUUUUUCGGUCA